AGAAGCGGAACAGCAGUUAGACCCAACCUCCUCAGGCUUCUCUGCUGCAGUGUACGUUGGACAGCAGCAUCUUUAUGCUUUAUUUUCCCCUAAAUCGAUAACGACAGUCGAGUCAAAAGAAGAAGAAGAUGCCUUUACCUGUGCAAGUAUUUAACUUUCAGGGGUCUGUGGAGCCGAUGCAGAUUGAUGCGGACCCCCAGGAGGACCAGCAGAAUGCUCCAGAUACCAACUACAUAGUGGAGAACCCAACUCUGGAUCUGGAGCAGUAUGCAACCAGCUACAGUGGAUUAAUGCGCAUUGAGAGGCUUCAGUUCAUUGCUGAGCAUUGCCCUCAGCUUCGAGUGGAGGCCCUGAAAAUGGCCCUAACCUUUGUACAGAGGACCUUCAAUGUUGACACUUACGAAGAGAUUCACCGCAAACUCACAGAGGCCACACGGGAAGUGCAGGGUGUGCCAGACACAGUGCCUGAAGGUGGAGUUGUUCCUCCUCCUCUGGACUCAGCCUGGGCAGAAUCCACCAGGAAAAAGGCUCUGCUCAAGCUGGAGAAACUGGAUACUGAUCUCAAGAACUACAAAGGCAACUCCAUUAAGGAGAGCAUCAGGCGAGGCCAUGAUGACUUGGGGGACCAUUACCUGGACUGCGGUGACCUCAGUAACGCCCUAAAGUGCUAUUCCCGAGCCAGAGACUACUGCACCAGUGCAAAGCAUGUUAUUAAUAUGUGUCUGAAUGUCAUCAAGGUUAGUGUUUAUCUCCAGAACUGGUCACAUGUGCUGAGCUACGUCAAUAAGGCAGAAUCCACGCCAGAGAUUGCCGAGCAAAGAGGAGAGCGAGAUAGCCAAAAUCAAGCAGUCCUUACCAAAUUAAAGUGUGCCGCAGGAUUGGCAGAGUUGGCUUCCCGAAAAUACAAACCAGCUGCCAAGUGCUUCCUGCAGGCUUCCUUUGACCACUGUGACUGUCCAGAGCUUCUGUCACCCAGUAAUGUAGCUGUGUAUGGUGGUUUGUGUGCUUUGGCCACAUUCGACAGACAAGAGCUCCAACGUAACGUCAUCUCCAGCAGCUCCUUUAAGUUAUUUCUAGAAUUGGAACCUCAGAUCCGUGACAUCAUCUUUAAGUUCUACGAGUCCAAGUACGCAUCCUGCCUCAAGCUGCUGGAUGAAAUGAAGGAUAACCUCCUGUUGGACAUGUACCUGGCACCUCACGUCAAGACACUGUACAGCCAGAUAAGGAACAGAGCCCUCAUUCAGUAUUUCAGCCCCUACGUGUCAGCAGACAUGACUAAGAUGGCUCAGGCCUUCAACACCACUGUAGCAGCUCUGGAAGACGAGCUCACCCAGCUCAUACUGGAGGGUCUCAUCAACGCACGGAUCGACUCGCACAGCAAGAUUCUGUAUGCGAGAGACGUGGACCAGAGGAGCACCACGUUCGAGAAGUCGCUUCACAUGGGCAAAGAGUUCCAGAGACGAGCCAAAGCCAUGAUCCUCCGUGCUGCUGUGCUGCGCAACCAGAUCCACGUCAAGUCUCCACCCAGAGAAGGCAGCCAGGGUGAACUGACACCAGCCAACAGCCAGACCAGGAUGAGCACAAACAUGUGAGGAAAAACCAUCCUUUUCAAAGUCUGCACACUGACUAUAACUGCAGACCAGAGUGGAAGAUCACCUUCAGCACCCACCCCACCCACUGUUUCUCAGCCGAAAGACAGAAAUGACACAAUGUAAAGCUUCAAAUGUUGUGAAAUGAUUGCUGUUCCCCUGUCAGCUAAUGUGGGGGAGUGAAACACUUGUUAGUCUGUUGUGGAGUCUUGGAGAAGAUUGAAGUGUGUUUAGAUGAGAGCGUCGCACUUAAUCUGCAAGUUACUAGUAGGAGAUGCACUUUGCUCUGCUUGAUUGAGACCUCAUUAACAGAAACAAGGUUUUAAAAUAAAAACACCUCCUAAAACAUUCA